GCCGGACUUCCCUUUAAAGCCUGGGCUCCAUCUUUCUGGCUAGCUGUGUACUGAGGCUGUUCCGGAGCCUUGAGGGGCCCCUGGGUGCCGGGCAGAGGCACAAGUGGGCUGUGACAGAUGGGCAAGGGUACGGAGCUCAAAGCAGCUGACUGAGUGCCCCAGGGCCAGACAGCUAACCAGGGGCAGAGCCAGGAUCUGAACUCAGGAGCUGCUUGGAGAUGCUGCUGCUGCUGCUGUCCCUGUCGCUGCUGCUGCCACUGGCCGUACUCCUGUGGCGGCCGCGGUCCUGGGAUGCCAGGCAGUCCUGGCUUGUCCGCCUCCAGCACCGUGUGGCGUGGGGGGCCCUGCGCUGGGCAGCUGCCUGGCAGCAGAAGAGACUAGCGCAGAGCACGCUGCACGCGGGCCAGAGCCAGCAGCAGGCCCUGAGGCGGUGUCUGCAUGGAGCCCAGGGUCCCCGCUGUACCCUCAGAGGAAGCACAGGCCUGUUCUGGAUUCCUUCCUUGAGGGUCUCACCAGUCUGGCCUGAACCCUUGGGAAACUCUGUGGCUUCAUGGGGAUUUUAUGAUGUUUUGGGGGCUACAGAUAUAAGCACCUUCCGGAAUCAUCUCCCUCUGACCAAGGCCAGCCAGGCCCAGGAGGAAGAAAGUGGGGGGCAGCCCUUGCCCCCCACCUCAAACCGGCAUCAUGGAGAGGCCUCUCUGCAGGCCACCUUGCUGGGUUUGGCCGCCCUAAACAAGGCCUACCCGGAAGUGCUGGCUCCAGGAGGCACGGCCCGUGUGACUGCUUCCUCCCCUUGGCCCUACCGCCUCCCCUGGCCUUGGCAUGCCCUGGGCCAGGUGAGCCCCACUGGAGCCAAGGACCCAAGGGUCCUGCUGCUGGAGGCAUUGAGGUCCCCAGGGCUGCGGGCUCUGGAAGCUGGGACGGCCGCAGAGCUCCUAGAUGUCUUCUUGGACCUGGAGGCCCACGGGGAAGAGCUGGCUGAGGCCAUCGCUGCUGGGAACCCAGGAGCACCUCUCCCCAGACGGGCAGCUGAGCUGCGAGAGGCCCUGGAGCAGGGAACCCGAGGAUUGGCCCUUCGGCUCUGGCCAAAACUGCAGGUGGUGGUGACUCUGGACGCAGGAGGCCAGGCUGAGGCUGUGGCCGCCCUGGGGGCCUUGUGGUGCCAAGGGCUCACCUUCUUCUCACCCGCUUACGCUGCUUCUGGAGGGGUGUUGGGCCUGAGUCUGUGGCCAGAGCAGCCCCAUGGCCUGUACCUUCUGCCCCCUGGAGCCCCCUUUAUUGAGCUGCUCCCACUCAAGGAAGGAACUCGGGAAGAGGCUACCCCCACUGUCCUGCUGGCUGAGGCCCAGAAGGGCAAGGAGUAUGAGCUGGUGUUGACCAACCACGUCAGCCUCACCAGAUGCCGGCUCGGUGAUGUGGUACAGGUAGUGGGUGUCUACAAUCAGUGUCCGGUCGUCAAAUUCAUCUGCAGGCUGGGCCAGACCCUGAGUGUUCGAGGCGAAGACACUGGUGAGGAUGUGUUCUCUGAGGCCCUGGGCCGGGCCGUGGGGCAGUGGCCGGGGGCCAAGCUGUUGGAUCAUGGCUGGGUGGAGAGUAGGAUUCUGGAUUCCUCUGAGGGCUCCGCUCCCCACUAUGAGGUAUUUGUGGCACUGAAGGGGCUGAGGAAUUUGUCAGAGGAAAAUCGAGACAAGCUUGACCACUGCCUUCAGGAGACCUCCACUCGCUACAAGUACCUGCGGUUCCGGGGCAGCAUGGGCCCUGCCCAAGUCCACCUGGUGGGGCAGGGGGCCUUCAGGGAACUGCGGGCAGCCCUCGCUGCCUGCCCCUCGGCCCCUUUCCCUCCUGAGAUGCCCCGGGUCCUCAGGCACAGGCCCCUGGCCCAGUGCCUGCAGAGGAGGGUGGUGUCCUGAGCUGAGGCCUGCCCCCAGCCCCGUUCACCCCCAUGGGCUGCCUCGCUCUUUCCUCUGGGGCCCCUCUGGAUGUGGAGCCCUUGGCCAGGGUCUUCAUGUGUCAGCUGCCAGCUGCCCAUGAGAGCUGCUGCCCUUAGGGUUGCCUGAGCUAGCCCAUCAGUUCCGAGGAGUUGACUUCAAGGACAGAGCAGACACCAGCAGUGCCCCACCCGGAGCUCCCAGCCCACCCUAGAGGACACAGGAGUUCCAAUCCCCGCUGGCAAUGCCUAUGUUUCACCAGGCAGGCUGGAAGUGUUGGAAGUUCAGGCUCCCAGGAGUGACCCUCAUUUGGCAUGGAGCAGGGGCUGGUGACCGCAGACCUCAGCUCUGUCGUCCCUCAGUAGAACAGCUCUAAAGUGUAUUCUAUAGCAUCUCCCUCCCAGGGUCUCCACCAAUUGCCCGCGGUGGUAACUUUCUCAUUAACACGGUUCUUACUGGUUUUCCUCCUGUCUCUUGGGUCCCUCCUCCCAUGUGCUUUCUAGGGUCACCUGCCAAAUAAACUUCUUACACCCAGAA